AUGGAUGGAAAUGCUUUUCUCUUUCGGGUCCCUUGUCCGAACGCUCGCCGACGCAUUCUUGGUCAAUGUCUUUGGCUGGUAGACGGCCAAACCAUGUUUGUAGCAAAGUGGUCACCGGGAAUUAAGCUUGAGAAGCCAUCAUUGGCAUCUGUUCCUGUUGGGCUAGACUUUGUUGGGGUUCCUCUGCAAUUCUUCAACAAAGAUGCUUUAAAGGAAAUUGCGGGUCUUGUCGGACACCCACUCUGUCUGCACCCUGCCACAGAAAAUCUCACCAACUUAGAGGUUGCUAAGAUCUACACUGUCAUUGACCCAAAGAAGCCUCUUCCGGAAGCGGUCAACGCCCUUGGCCAUACAAUCUCACGAUGCCCUGCUGCUCUGCCAAGGUGCGAAAUUUGCCGCUCAGUCAAGCAUGCUACUGAUGCUUGCACUAGGACCAACGCAAAUAUAGACCGCUCUAGGAUUGUUGAUGAUAAACGCAAAGGAAAAGUCCCAAUCAAGAACCAGCUUCCAAUUGUAGAAAAUGGGAAUAUGGAUCCUAGGCGCUUUGAGAAUGCACCCGAAACUGCUUCAAAAGCUAAAAAGGUGCCAUCAAAGGAAAGGGUUCCCACAGAUAGAAAUCAGCAAGAGCAUCCUCGCUCUAAUGGCAUGCCUGUAAUUUCUCGAAGCUCCAGGGAUCCCACUGCUACAGGAUCUGAUCCAACCUUGGAAAAAGCUUCAGGUCCCAGAAAAGAGCUAGCGCUUGGGGAUUUUUUCGUAGACUUGCGUUGUGGUGAUCCUGGAGGUCUAGCCGAGUUUCCUGCAGUUUCCGCUUCGGAGGAGGAUGACCCGAGUUCAGAGGGCAUGUCUAAUGAGGAUGAUAACCCGGAUGAUGAAGGGGAUCAAUAUAUACGAGUGAUCUCUCGCCGAUCUCAUAAAGGGAACAAAGGAACUGCUAGGAAAUCCCUUCAAUGCAUCACGUGUUCGGUUAAGCUUCCUUUUGUAUCAUCUGAGCUUGCUGUCACGUUUGUCUAUGGUUCUAAUGAUAGGAAAAUUCGUCGUGACCUAUGGUCGGACUUGUGCUUCCUCUCUUCUUCUCCUAGUCUUGCCCAUCUCCCUUGGACUGUCCUAGGAGACUUCAAUCAGAUUCUAGACCCAUCUGAUCAUUCUAAAGCUGUGGUCAUCUCUUCGACUCGUGGUAUGCGUGAUUUUCUCAACUGCAUCAUAUCUACUGAUCUGGCUGAUCUCCCUUUCUGUGGUAAUGAUUUCACAUGGUCUAACAACCAAGGUGAAAGCGUGAUACCUAAAAAAUUAGACAGAAUUCUCGUAAAUGAUGAUAGGUUGAGGCUGUUUCCAAACUCGCUUGGCGUCUUCGGAGAUCCAGGAAUCUCAGACCACAGCCCCUGCUGUGUCUAUCUUGAUACUAGCCGUCCCAAGCCUAAGGCGCCUUUCAAGUUCUUCUCUUUGCUCAAUGAUAACCCAGAGUUUGCGCCUCUUAUUGCUGCAUGUUGGUCCUCCCUGCCUUUCCAUGGUUCGAUGAUGCUUAGAGUAUCAAAAAAGCUCAAGGAACUCAAGAGCAUAAUUAGAACUUUCAGCCGUGAAAACUACUCGGGGAUCGAGAAAAGAGCUUCUGAAACUUUUGAUGAGCUCUCUCACUGCCAACGGAUUGUUCUCUCCUCUCCAACGACAAUGGCGAGUUUAAAUGGGAGAAUUGCUCGUAAAAUGUUACAGCAGUGGAAUGCAACUAUACUGACCCUUAUCCCCAAGAAGCAAAACGCAGAGCUAGUCUCCGACUUUAGACCAAUCUCUUUCUGCAACACGGUUUAUAAAGUCAUUUCCAAGCUGCUUGCAAAUAGGCUGAAGGAGAUCCUUCCAUCAGUGAUCUCGAACACACAAUCUGCUUUUAUCCCAGGUAGACUUCCUGUGGAAAAUGUCCUAAUGGCUACCGAGCUUAUUCAGGGUUACAACUGGAAAAUAUCUCCAAGCGCUCUCUUCUCAAAGUUGAUUUAA